CGCUCGGUGAUGACGACAGCACAGUAAGAGGAAGGGAAGGAGAGUUCCAGAAAGAGCUGCGGCUGCAAACAAACUGAAAAACAACAACAAAAACAACAUUAUUAACAGCGGAACUACAACACACGCGCUUAUAGAGUGAACAAUAAACGCCAGCAGUCGAUCGAUCAGUGUGAUUAUCUGUCGAUCAUGACGACUAUCGAUUACAGUGUUUGGGAUCAUAUCGAGGUGUCUGAUGAUGAAGAUGAUACACACCCGAACAUCGACACACCGAGUCUGUUCCGCUGGAGACACCAGGCUCGUGUGGAGCGCAUGGAGGCGUUUCUGAAGAAGGGUGAGGACAUCGAGAAGAGUCUGAUGGAGAGUAAGAAGAAGCUGGCAGAAGUGCAGCGGCGGGUGCAGGAGUUGAGCAUGGCAUCCACAGACGAGAGUAAAGCGGAGCUCACCAAAGCUCAAGCGGAGGAGAAACGUCUGAAAAAAGAGGAGAGAUCAUGGCAGAAGAAGAUAGAGGAACACCGUACGGAGGAGAAGAAGAUGCCCUGGAACGUGGACACGCUCAGUAAAGAGGGCUUCAGUAAGAGUGUCGUUAAUGUAAAGCCAGAGAAAAAGGAGGAGACGGAGGAAGAGAAAGAAGAGAAACACAAAACCUUCGUGGAGAAAUACGAGAAACAGAUCAAACACUUUGGGAUGUUGCGGCGCUGGGACGACUCUCAGAAAUAUCUGUCUGAUAAUCCUCACCUGGUGUGCGAGGAAACGGCCAAUUAUCUGGUCAUCAUGUGCAUUGACCUGGAGGUGGAGGAGAAACACGCUCUGAUGGAGCAAGUGGCGCAUCAAACUAUCGUCAUGCAGUUCAUUCUAGAACUGGCCAAGAGUGUGCAGGUGGAUCCACGUGGAUGUUUCCGCCAGUUCUUCAACAAAAUCAAGACUGCAGAUCAGCAGUAUCAGGACGCAUUUAAUGAUGAAUUGGAGUCGUUUAAGGAGCGUGUGCGCGGCCGAGCGAAGAUUCGGAUUGAGAAAGCAAUGAAAGAAUAUGAGGAAGAGGAGCGUCAGAAGCGUUUGGGUCCCGGCGGUCUUGAUCCAGCGGAGGUGUACGAGUCCCUGCCUGAGGAGAUGCAAAAAUGCUUUGAUGACAAAGACAUUCAGAUGCUGCAGGAAACCAUCAGCAAAAUGGAUCCAACGUGUAUAUCAUCACAGUUCAACACUGACCAACCCAUGCAUCCCAGAAUGAAACAAAGUGAGGCCAAAUACCACAUGAAGCGCUGCAUUGACUCGGGCUUGUGGGUGCCAAACUCUCGAGGAGCAGACGAGGAUGCAGAUAAAGAUGCAGAUGAGCCGCAGUACGAGGAGGUGCAGAAACCAGAUCAAUGACAUCAUCAAAGCAGACUUAACAUGACAACAGAUCUUGACCCCUGACCCCAGCAUUCUGUCAGUCAGAUUAUUAUAAAUAAAGUCCAUGUAACUAA